AGUUACCUUUUCUCUGGAACUCUUCUAGGCCACUCCCCCUGAUGCAAUAUCUGCGUUUGGGCAGAAAGGAGGGUGCUGCAGAGCCCGCCCUUUCUGAGCUUUCUGGGCCGGCUCUGGCUUUGAAAAAAUUCAGGCUUCACUGUGACUCAGACAUCAGCUCCAACAUAUGAGUUCUGAAGCAAGGUGGCUGACAUGGAAAGAAUGGUUCAUUCUGGAAGGAAAUAAUGUUCCAGGUCAAACUGAGUCUACUAAACACAGACCUUCACAAGGAUUCUAAAGGAAAUCUGGACAAGUCUUAUCAUGUGGUUUUUCUACGCUUUGAUUCCAUGUUUGCUCAGAGAUGGAGUGGCCAUUCUGCCUGCCCCUCAGAACCUCUCUGUACAUUCAACCAACAUGAAACAUUUUUUGAUGUGGAGCCCAGUGAUCGUGCCUGGAGAAACAGUGUACUACUCUGUUGAGUACCAGGGGGAGUAUGAGAGACUGUACCUGAGUGAUGUCUGGAUCCCCAGCAGCUGGUGCUCACUCACAGAGAAGACUGAAUGUGAUCUUACUGAGGAUAUCACAGCCACUGUACCAUACAGUCUCCAUGUCAGGGCCACACUGGGCUCACAAACCUCAGCCUGGAGCACCCUGACACACCCCUUCAAUAGAAACUCAACCAUCCUCACCCCACCAUGGAUGGAUGUCACCAAGGAUGGCUUUCACCUGGUUAUUGAGCUGGAAGACCUGGGACCCCAGUUUGAGUUCCUUGUGGCCUAUUGGAGGAGGGAGUCUGCCACUAAGGAACACAUCAAAAUGGUGAGGAGUGGGGGCAUUCCAGUGCACCUGGUAACCAUGGAACCAGGAGCAGCGUACUGUGUGAAGGCCCAGGCAGUGGUGAAGGCCAUUGGGAGGCAUAGCGCCUUUAGCCAGGCAGAAUGCAUUGAGGUUCAAGAAGAGGCCCUUCCCCUGGCGCUGGCCCUGUUUGCAUUUGUUGGCUUCAUGCUGAACCUUGUGGCUGUGCCGAUCUCCAUCUGGAAAAUGGGCCAGCUGCUCCGGUACUCCUGUUGCCCUGUGGUGGUCCUCCCAAACACCUUGAAAAUAACCAGUUCACCCCAGAAGUUAAUCAGCUGUAGAAAAGAAGAGGUAGAUGCCUGUGCCAUGACUACUGUGCUGUCUUCUGAGGAACUCUUCAGGACCUGGAUCUAGUGGGCUUGGAAAGGGCCCAGGUGAAGCUGCCAACCUGGACUGUAUGACACAGGAACUACAGGGGACAGGUUGUGCUUGUUUUCUUCCAUGGACAAGGGUCAGUAGGAGAAGAGCCUACUGUCUACAGAAGCAGAGUGGUUAAUUUGACAGAGCUGACUUGGGAUCAGAUAUGAUCUCUAGACCUGCAGGUGCUGUUUUCCUACCUGAGUGACCCUGGGAAAGUGACUUUAUCCCUCUGGUGCUCAGUUCUCUCAUCUGUAAGGGGAAGAUCAACUAUACACCUGCUAAGUAUACAUACCCAGGCAAGUGCUGGGUGUAUAUGUGUGUACAAUAUAAAGGACUAUAUUUGAGAUACACACACACACACACACACACACACAUAUACAUGUCCAUACCCAGCAUUUGCAGGGCUGUAGAGAAAUGUGAUAUAGAACAGUGUUGUGAUUGGUUCAGCUAUUUGGGAGAGAGGGACAUAAAUGUGCAAUAAUAAAUAUCAAGGCCUCUGCAUGCUGGUCGGCUUGGAAGUCCCACUUUACCAGAGGAAACCUUGGUGAGGAAGGGAAAGAUGAAAGCAAUGGUGUUGAUUUCACUUCAAGCCAAAUGCCUAUGCAGAGGUAAAUGAGGGGCUCAGUAAGCUCUACAGUAGGUGACCUGGAAUAAGGUCCCAGUGCACAGAAAAUGGAAGAUGCACAAACACGAUGGAUCAUGACACUGUGAAGGAUGACGGUGUGUGUGUCCUGAGACAGCAGCUGGACAUUUGUGUGUGAUGAGAUGACAAUGCAGAAGGAUGCCUAGAACAAGUGGCAUGUUUGCUGUGCUCCUUUUCCCUAUGGUGUCACCAAAGGCCAAAAAGUGGCCGCCUUGGGUGAUCUUUCUUGUUCCUGAUCAAAAAUGGUCUUUAAAGUUCUAUAUAUUUAUAUUAUCAACCUUGAGUCCAGAGAGACCACAAAGGACACCUGUGAUCAGGGGUGUGGGGAUGAACUCAUGUAGGGCCUGGGAUAGGGGUGGAGCAGUCUCAGUCCCUGGGAGUCCAGAACCAGGGGCUUCCUGGGCUGGGGGUGUCUGUGGCUGCCUUAGGACCCCAACUAAGGCAGCUGGCAAAAGCUUGACUUGCUUUUAGGCCUUCCCUGUAGGCCCCACCCACAGGGAAUCCCUUAGGGACCUUUUUUUCCUUGAUAGCUUACUCAGGGAGGUGCUUAUCCUUAAGCACCUCCUUCUGUUCAGUAGUACCUAUCUCUGGAAGACUCUGUUGACCCUCUCCCCAGCCAGGUGAAGAAAAGGGCCAACAUAGACAAGUGGAGGGAAGAACUUCCUUGAGGCGUGAAUGGCUGAAUGAGCAGGGCCUGUGCCUUGCGUUGUAACUUCCGCCAUACCCACCAGCUCUGGAGUCUCUAAGUUGGUCGGUCUCCAUGCCCUUUCCUGGGCCCCUUACAGUUACCCUAGCAGUGGGACAGUCUAACUGCUUCAAGGGGUCUCAUGGCUCUUUCUGUACCUUGUGGGGUCUCUCCAGGAUAUUAAGUCACUGAAGAUGUUUUUGUUUGUAUCAUUUUGUGUGCUUCUGUGUUGUUUGACUCUUUUAUGAAGAAAGUGUGUUAAUUUUAUAAAUGGUCUAAGCUGGAAACAUGUUUUCUGUUUGCAAAAAUAAAGACCAUGUUACUA